AGAAAGUUUGAGCUAAAUUGGGAAAACUUUGCUCUUUGCCAUGAAGGGCUGAAAUCUCUUUCAUCUCCCGAAUUUUUUUUAAAAAAGGGGAGCGAGAGGGAGAGAAGGAAUAAAUUCAUUUUCAAGCGAAGUUUCUAAUUAAACACAACUGGGGAGGACAAUCCUAUUUUCCAAAUAACAUUCCCAUUUUGAAAGGACGGUUGCCAGGAGCACAGAAAAAAACAAGACCACCCAGGGAGCUCUAUUACGUGGAUUUCACUCUAAAACACAAUAAUCUGCGGGGGAGGACUAAACAUUGGCGUCUCAAAACCUUCUGCCUUAUUUCCCUCGCAAUGUUUGCAGAUGGCAAAGGUGUCUUGAAAGUGUUUGCUGUUUGCGAUGGAGAGAUUGUUCGUGUUAUUUGAAUGGCGGCCAGGAGCAGUCCUUCACUGGCCUCCUGUUCAGGCCGAGCCGGAUUGACUAUCCCUUCCAGUCAGUUGCAGGUUAAUCCCACUGUCCUGGCAAUCGCUGUGGUGCUGGGCUUUGGCUUGGGGAUCGCUUCUGCAGUCCUGCUUUAUAUAUUUGUGCUGGAAGCAGCCUUGCAAAGGAAGGAGCAUUGUUCAAGUGGGACUGAUGAUGAUUCCUGUUCUGAAUAUUCUGAUGACAGCCGGAGUUUCAAAAGCAAUGAGGACGAAAGAAGAGCUAAACGUGGAGCUUCCCCUUAUUAUGAAGAAAAUGAAACAUCAUUGAACAGUAAUAUAGCUGCUUUUGCACUGAAGGCAAGAGUCGUAUAUCCCAUUAAUCAAAAAUUCAGGCCACUAGCAGAUGGAUCAUCUCAUCCCUCUCUAUUAGAAGGAUUGAAACAGAGAGAUUCCACCAAAAGAACAAAAGAAGACUUUGUUUUAUCAGAUUCUGAGAUACUCGAUCACAAGAGUGAGAGAGGUUCCUGUUGCUUUCCAGGGGAUGGUCCACCAUCAACAACAGUCUUUAAUGAAAAUAACACCGUUCCGAAAGUGACUUUCUUUUCUGAGGUACUGGGAUAUACAAGUCCUGAAGCAGAGCUUGGCCUGUAUAGGCUCUGUCUGCAGAGCCUGAGGCUUUUAGAUGCAGAAUUACGACAAGAAAAAUAUAUGAUGUUUCUUCAACUUCUGAAAAUACAACUGAAUGAUUUGUACUUGAAAGAGAAAAUAGAUGAGGAGUUUUACAGAGACUUUCUAUCCACACAAGAAAAGAAACUGGAAAAGCUGGAGAAGACAGAGCAGCUGGUGUUGCUAGGUGAGGCCAACAGGAAAGACUGUGAGCAACAUUAUACUUUGGAAGAAACUGAACAAGAUGAACAUAAUUAUUUGCAAUAUACUAUACAACAGCUCAGUGGAUUCUUCAAGCAAAUUGAAAGUGUCCGGUUCUCCCUCUUGAAUCAUUCCAAACUCUCCAAGAUCACUGGACAGGAGAUAAUAAGGAACAUGAGUGAGAAAAUGUCACAGGUGGAAAAUCUGCUAACUGACUCCCUGACUUUUCAAGUCACGGUUAUUCUGGAUAAGUUGCUGCGUUGGGAGUUCAUGACAAAGAGCCUUCAUUCCUUGACAUGGCUUGUACAGCAAGAAAGCAAAGACAAGUUAAUGAUGCUGACAUCAGUGCUGAGUGUUCUCAACAGGGAUAGUGCAUUGGCUUUUUGGCAAAAAGAAGAAGUUUUAGCCAGAUUACAGCAUUCUGUUCAAGACAGUGUGGACACAUACAUCAAUGAAUGUGCAAAACAAACUAAAGAACUCAUUUUGGAAAUGAAGGGAAGACACGGUACUUUGAGGAAACAACUUGAAGAGACAGAAAGAGAUGAGAAAAUGAAUCUAACAGAGCAGGCAAAACAAAUGUUUACUCCAACUGAAUUUAUUCAGAGUUAUCAUGAGCUCGCAGAGAGACACAGACAGACCCGCUAUGACAUUGAGGACAAAGAGGAUCGUAAUGAUGUCAAGGCAAUUACUAAGCUGUGGAAGAAUCUGCAUUCUACAUCAUCACGGACUCUGGACAUACUGAUUGAGGAGCUCUUCACAGAAACCCUCCCAAAACUAGCCAGUGUAUCAUUAUCUGCAAUGGAAUCUCUAAGAAGCCGUCUGCUGCAAGACCUAACGGCAAGAAAAAAGGCAGCAGCAGCAGAAAGAAAACAACAUUUGAAACAGUUUCAAGAAGAACUGGCCCAAGUGAAACAGGAAUGGAUGGAUGAGAAAGUAAUCAACUCGGUGAAACAGAAAUAUCUGGUCGAUAAGCAGGAGAAGAUCAUUCAAGGAUUCCUACUGAGGCAGAGUGACCUAGAUGAGAAGGUUUCUGAAGGCAUUAUUCUGGAGCAUCAGGUAGCUUUACAACCCAUGGUUAGGCAGCUAACUCUGAGGCACUUCAGUCUCAUGAUACUCAAAGAAAUGAAGCUUUUCAAGGCAAAAUGUCUACUCAAUGAACUUGAGGAACAACGGAUGAAGGAACCCCCUAUUUGGGAUCAGUUUGAGGAUGGAAACAUGAAGCUACAGGAUAAUGAGAUAUCCAAAUUCUCAGAAGAACAGCGGAAGCUGUGGAAAAAGGCUGAAAUAUUCGUUCACCAACAGCUGGCUGCAGAAUCUCAGGUUUUCAUGGCUCUUUUACAGCAGCACAUGGCACAGGAGAUUGGCCGUGCUCUUACCCAUCAAGCCAGAGUGCACUCACUCAAGCAAAACCAUGACGACAACAGGCAGAAACUUAAGAAUCUAUUAAUGGAGAGAGCAACUGAAAGUGUCUAUGUGACAAUGGAAGGCAUAACCAAUCUAAUCCAGAACUAUUACCAGAAGAUAGAAGAAAUCAUGGAUGUGUAUCGAAAAGACAAAAAGAUUCAGCUGAGUAUCCUGCAAGAAACGUUUAAAAGACAAAAACUCAGCAAGGAAGAAGCUUUGGAAGACAACCUGAACACAGACUUAGUCAGUGUGAAAGCAAAUCCGCUUCUGCCCAGAAAAAUUCAGCACCAAUUGGUGCUAUGGCAGAAAAGAACUAUAUCCAAGUUGUUGCUUGAAGAGGAGACAAAUAUGGAGUUCCUUACGCAGAGGACAGUGCUGCUUCAUCAGCUGAAGGAGCAGGUUGAUUCACGCUUAAAGGUGGCAGAAAAGAAAUUCAUGUCACAACUUGCUGCUUUAGCAAGAGUUCCCAAAGCUGAUUGGAAGACGCUGGAGAAGAAAUUCCUUUCAGGACCGACAAGUGGAAGAUGUAAAAGGAACCCAAAGGUUACCUAUUUUUGCAAACAACUGAGUGAAACCACAUAAAAACGGCAAUGGGAUUAUGCUGUCUGACCAUUGUGCAAUAUUACAGUAUGCUAAUGGUUCCACUCUCAACUUUUAUACCAGUGGCUGUGACCAACAUUAGUUUUAUUUUCAUACUGGAUCACACAUUCACAAAUUGUUAUGGGACAGAAGGAGACCAAUCAGCCCAUCAUGUCUGCACUGGCACUCUGACUUAGUGUCAAACUCCUUCCAAGCCUUGCACGUCAAUUCUCUACAAUAAUUAUCUAAUACCAUCCUGAAUGGCUCAAUUGAACCUCCCUCUGUCAUAUUUCCAGGCAGCGCAUUCGGAAUCUCCAUGGAAACAUUUCUCAUCCCAUAAUUGUUUCUUUUAUAAAUCAUUUUAAAAUUGUG